AUGUCGAGAAGAUUACAGCUCUCAGAACUUGAUGACGCUGAUUUACCUUCUACCGUACCGGCUGUGCAUGUCGGUUCACGCGGGUCAGUUUCUAUCGGGUCUUCCCAGCUCAGAACCGGGGGUAUCCCGGAACAAUGUAAUGGGCUUUCCAUCGAUGACUUUACGGUCAGCUGGAAAGACGAUACUGGCAAAUCUUGGACAGCACAAUUGACCGAAAUCGAGGAAUUGCGAAACAGGGUCGGAGCCAAAGCUGCAAAUGGCGACUCUGCUACCAGAUCUACGCCUUUGGAUUCCUCAAUCCCAGCGGUUCCAUCUUCACCAUCACUGUCUCGCACAUUGCAACCAAGUUCACCAAGGGAGUCAAGGGAGCCAAUGGUAUCAAUGGAGUCGAGAGAAUCACGAGUGCAGAGACCGCUAAGAGAGCAAAUAUCAGCAAUUGAAACAAGUCGACCAGCCAGUCCAGCUCACUCGCAGCGAAGCAGUCGGCCGGCCCAGACAUUUACGGAAGCUCAAGCUGCGAUGUUUUUCAACCUUGGGCCCUGGCCUCCAACCUCUAGUCGAGCCGAUAUCGUUAUUGAGGGCGCUGUCUCUAAGGGCAAUGAACGGCAAAUUAACGAUGGUAGCACUGUAAAUCAAACCAAGGAUACGCUUUCAGAGAUUGUACCCGGGAAUAACAGUGUUGGACCUGAUUCUCAAAUGGAUGGUUUCGUUUUCGUUAAGGGGCAUAAGGAAGAAUCAGAAGAUGAAGCUUGGGACAUAGUUUAG